UAGUGCUAUUCGGUUUUCAACUUCUCUGAUGGACCAACCAUCCAACCAACGUAGUGAAAAUUCAAUCGAAACAAUUUUUCUUGAAUUAGAAAAUACUAGGAAAAAACGCAAGAAACAAGAUUUUGACUGGGACAUUGAUAACUGUAUCAAGCUUUUGGAAUUGAGAAAAUCAAUGAAUGCAACAUUUAUUAAAGAUUAUCACACAGGAGACUCUUGGAUAAAAUUAGUCAAGGCUGCUGGCUGGAAUAUAAAGUGGGAAGCUGUUAGAUCAAGAUAUAAUUAUCUACGAAAGACAGGAGUUCCUAGUAAAUUCAGAAAACCCAAGACUGGUAUAGCGGGAGAUGUAGCUUUUGGCAAUAAAAUCACUAAACUUUCAACAUUAAUACAUGAGGCAAUUAUCGACAACCAAAAAUACAAUCCUUUGAAAGUUAUUGACACUUCAGUUCCUGAAACAAGUACGGAAAAUGAAAAUUUAAGUACAGAUCAUUCUACCGCUGAGCCAACAAUUCAACCUCAGACUUCAAGUGAAAAUCAAGCAGAGCAAUGCCAACCCCAACAAGAUGACGAUGAAACUCUCUUCUAUCUUCCUGAGAAUGAUUUGUGUGAAUCUCCGAUGCCAGAUAAUAUAGAAAGUCAAACCACACAUAAUGAUGCGACUGAUUCGCACAGUCCACCAAACGAUUUUUUCUCAUUUGAUGAUCCAGACCAUACCGGCAGAUCUAAUAAUAAUGAACAACAGGAUAGUGCAUCUAGUGAAUUAUCAUCACAGUUGAGCAAUUUUUUGGCAGUUAGAGUCAGAAAACGACCACCAACGUAUCGUGAACUAAUUAUGGAUGGACAAAAAAAUUUAGAAAGAAUUGGAGAUGAUAUACAUAACUUUACGCAAAGUACGGUUGCGUUUCAUGAUUUUUUGAUGAAACAUCUCUCAUCUAGUUCGACUUAGAUCAAAGAAUCACUAU